AUGAUUUGCUGCCCCCUCACCCCUGCCCGCUCACCGGCAAGUGGGACCGCCGCCCACUCACUGGGGAGUGGGACCCCUGAAUGCGUCUAUGUAGUGGACUUCAAGCCCAUGCAAAAGCCAACUGCUUCACGUCCUCGAACUGAGAUAGUGGGAAAGAAUGAAUACUUUUGUUUUGGUAUGAGAGAUUUUCUUGGGAUAGAGGCAUCCUUCAUGCAGGUAGAUUUGGUAAAGAGACAUUGUUUCCCUGUUUAUUGGAAUGGAGACAUCGACGUGUUUCUAGAGUCAUUGUUUGCUCGUAAGGGCCUUUUGGCUUCCACUAAGAAGUUUGCUUUCCCUAGGUUUGGCACCGAGAAGAUUUCAACCUCUGGACUUUUUGCAGCUCGAGUUGAUUUACAAGGCUCUACCCCAGAACUUUAUGCACUUUUUAUUGGCGAGGAUGAUACCUGGGAGUCUUGGCUCAAUGUUGAUGCUUCUGGUUUUUAUGGUGUCAUUAGUUUCAGUGGAAAUGGAAUUAAGUUAAGGUGUGGUUAUUCGAAAUCCCAGUCAAAAAAACCAAGCCAGGAGGAAUUGCAUCAGCAGAAAGAAGAGGAAAUGGAUGAUUAUUGUUCUCAGGUUCCAGUUAAGCACCUUGUCUUUAUGGUACAUGGUAUUGGUCAGAGGUUGGAGAAAUCUAAUUUGGUUGAUGAUGCCGGCAACUUUCGCCAUAUCACAGCAAGUCUUGCUGAACAACACCUUACUACACGCCAACGUGGCACCCAAAGAGUUCUUUAUAUCCCUUGCCAGUGGAGAAAACGUUUGAAGCUCAGUUGCGAAACUGCAGUUGAAAAGAUUACUUUAGAUGGUGUACGGGGUUUCCAUGUCAUGCUGAGUGCAACAGUUCAUGAUGUGUUAUACUACAUGAGCCCCAUCUACUGUCAGGAUAUUAUCAACUCGGUUUCAAACCAAUUAAAUUGGUUAUAUCUGAAAUUUCUUAAACGAAAUCCUGGUUAUGACGGAAAGGUUUCUAUAUAUGGUCAUUCCUUGGGAAGUGUCCUCUCGUAUGACAUCCUCUCCCAUCAAGAGAAUCUAUCAUCCCCAUUUCCAAUGGAUUGGAGGUACAAGGAACAACAAGAUACCAUUGAAGAAUCUUCCCAUGCUAUGAACAAUCAACCUUCUAAUGGUGGCUCUUCAGCUGAUCUGAAGGGUAAAAGCUCCACUAAGACAAAUGAAUCUGAGGAUAAGGUGGGGUCUGCUGAUGAGGACGAUUUGAUGAGUGUACAAUCAACUCAUCUAGAGCACGAGGAAGCACCUGCUGAAGAUUUUUCUUCUCUUGUGGGUACUGUUGUGUCAGAUACUGCAACAGCUAUAGACUCUGAGCAAACAGCUAAAGAAGAUAUGGUCAUAAAUUGAUUCCCUGGAAUCCAAAAUAGCAGAGCUGGAAUCGUACAAUCAACGUAGAGGUUGACACAUUCUUUGCUGUUGGAUCAGCUCUUGGUGUCUUUCUUGCCCUCUGA